AUGGUUAUCACUGGUGAUGAUGUCAAUACUGUUCUUUCUUUGAAACAACGGUUACACACCGAAUUUCAGAUGAAAGAUCUUGGUCCUUUUCGUUAUUUUUUUGGCCUUGAGGUUGCUUAUUCUCAUCGAGCUGAUAUUACUGAUCUUCGCACUGCCUUUACCCCUAUUGAGUUCCACCACCGUCUCUCCUCUUCUGAUGGAGAGCCUCUACCUGACCCUACUCGCUAUCGUGCGUUUGUUGGUGCUCUUGUUUAUCUGACUAUUACUCGACCUGAUAUUGCAUAUGCUGUUCGUGUUCUUAGUCAAUUUGUGAGUGUUCCUCGCUCUACUCAUUACGUUGCCCUUUUACGAGUUCUUCGUUAUCUUCGUGGCACUAUAUCUCGCUCUUUACUUUUUUCUGCCAUAUCUUUUCUUGAGUUGCGCGCCUAUUGUGAUGCUGAUUAG